UCCUUUUAUCCCUAUUUGCCGUACAGUUUAGCCAAAUAAUAAAUUUUUUUGAAGAUUGCGUGUACCCACAUAUUAUAUUUUUUCGGAAUGCGGGAUGGAGUAAAGAAAGCUUUUUUGCAAGCGUGUAUUAAUCAUGGUAGCCUAAGCACGGAGCAAAUCAAUGAUGUUUUACCGCCAAUUUGCCAAACAUAUGAUGCGGACGACGCUCUGGAUGUCAAAAAAUUGGUACUAGAAAUAAAUAAUGAUUUGAAAGAGCUAAAUCAGGAAUUAAGUUUUAUAAAACACCCGCUGCUGGAUAAAGAGUUUUUGGUUUUUGGUCUUACCUUCGAAACGCUAGCCAGCAAGCAUCAGCAACAUUAUACUGAAGCGGAUCAGAUGUAUUUUGCUAAAUUAGUAGAAAUAAUGGCUCCUCAAGAAGAUUAUAGUAUUUCUUGGGUAGAUAUGUACAAUCUCUCGAGUUUAACCCCUACUGCACGGAAGCAUUUGCCAAAGACUCGAAUUCAAUUUCUAGUAAAAAAGUGGACUGAUCAGGGCUAUUUUUUAGAAAUGGAUGAUAAAAUAUAUUUUGGGCCGCGUAUGUUAGUGGAAUAUGCCAGUCAUUUGAAGACUCAUUACUCGGACUACAUCAAAGACUGCCCUCUUUGCAAAAAAAUUGUGUUAUGGGAUAUAAAAUGCUCGGGGUGCGGAGCCAAAGUUCAUAAAGAGUGUAUAAGGACUUUUUUGAAACGUAAUUCUAAUUGCCCAGCUUGCAGUAACGUAUGGAGUACAGCAUUGAAUUAAAACUUACAUACAUUACUUCAUAUUUAAUAGUAUUAUAAUAUUUUUCCAUUAUACAAAUACGCACGGCGUGUGUCAGUGAAAACGUACAGUAGAUUUUUUUCCAUUUCUCGAA